GUGGCGGGGGGAGGGGCCGGGCGGGGGGCUGGCGGCAGCAGCGGAUGGACUCGCGGGUAUCCGAGCUGUUCGGCGGCUGCUGCCGGCCCGGAGGGGGCCCGGCCGUGGGCGGAACCCUCAAGGCUAGGGGCGCCGGCGGCAGCAGCAGCUGCGGGGGCCCGAAGGGGAAAAAGAAGAACGGAAGGAACAGAGGGGGCAAAGCCAACAACCCUCCGUACCUGCCCCCCGAGGCUGAAGAUGGAAACAUCGAAUAUAAACUGAAGCUGGUGAAUCCAUCCCAAUACCGUUUUGAGCACCUGGUGACACAGAUGAAGUGGCGGCUCCAGGAGGGCCGUGGUGAGGCGGUCUACCAGAUUGGGGUAGAGGACAAUGGGCUGCUGGUGGGCCUGGCUGAGGAGGAGAUGAGGGCCUCCCUCAAGACCCUGCACCGAAUGGCAGAGAAGGUUGGGGCAGACAUCACUGUCCUCCGGGAGCGAGAAGUGGACUAUGACAGUGACACGCCCCGGAAGAUCACCGAGGUGCUAGUACGAAAGGUCCCUGACAACCAACAGUUCCUGGACCUCCGUGUGGCCGUCCUGGGGAAUGUGGACUCAGGGAAGUCGACUCUGCUGGGAGUCCUGACCCAGGGAGAGCUGGACAAUGGGCGGGGCCGGGCUCGGCUCAACCUUUUCCGCCACCUGCACGAGAUUCAGUCUGGCCGAACCUCCAGCAUCAGCUUCGAGAUCCUGGGCUUUAACAGCAAGGGAGAGGUGGUGAAUUACAGUGACUCAAGGACGGCAGAAGAGAUCUGUGAGAGCAGCUCCAAGAUGAUCACCUUCAUCGACCUGGCAGGCCACCACAAGUACCUGCACACCACCAUCUUCGGCCUCACCUCGUACUGUCCCGACUGCGCCCUGCUGCUCGUCAGCGCCAACACUGGCAUUGCUGGCACCACAAGGGAACAUCUGGGGCUGGCCCUGGCCCUGAAAGUGCCCUUCUUCAUCGUGGUCAGCAAGGUGGACCUGUGCGCCAAGACCACCGUGGAGAGGACGGUACGCCAGCUAGAGCGGGUCCUCAAGCAGCCUGGCUGCCACAAGGUCCCCAUGCUCGUCACCUCCGAGGAUGAUGCUGUCACGGCUGCCCAGCAGUUUGCCCAGUCCCCCAAUGUCACCCCUAUCUUCACACUGUCGAGCGUGUCUGGAGAGAGUCUGGAUCUGCUCAAAGUCUUUCUGAAUAUUCUGCCGCCACUCACCAAUAGCAAAGAGCAGGAAGAACUCAUGCAGCAGCUGACAGAGUUCCAGGUGGAUGAAAUCUACACAGUUCCAGAGGUGGGGACAGUUGUCGGAGGAACGCUUUCCAGUGGCAUUUGCCGUGAGGGGGACCAGCUGGUGGUGGGCCCCACAGACGAUGGCUGCUUCCUGGAGCUGAGAGUGUGCAGCAUCCAACGCAACCGCUCUGCCUGUCGUGUGCUGCGAGCCGGCCAGGCUGCUACACUGGCCCUCGGGGACUUUGACCGCGCACUCCUUCGCAAGGGCAUGGUGAUGGUGAGCCCAGAGAUGAACCCCACCAUCUGCUCAGUGUUCGAGGCAGAGAUAGUCCUGCUGUUCCAUGCCACCACCUUCCGGCGAGGCUUCCAGGUGACAGUACACGUGGGCAAUGUGCGUCAGACGGCAGUGGUGGAAAAGAUCCAUGCCAAGGACAAGCUGCGGACUGGGGAGAAGGCAGUAGUCCGUUUCCGCUUCCUGAAGCACCCAGAGUACCUGAAGGUGGGCGCCAAGCUGCUGUUUCGGGAGGGCGUCACCAAGGGCAUCGGCCACGUCACCGAUGUGCAAGCCAUUGCAGCGGGAGAGGCCCAGGCCAACAUGGCUUUCUGAACUCCUCCAGGCAGGCACGGCUCUACUGCUGUCUCUACAAUAUAGAAGGUGACUUCUGGCCAUGCUGCCCCCCCAUCGGCGGCUGUGUGUGUCAGUAGGCUAGGGAGAGAGGGAUGCUCUCUGCUGCUUGCUCCUGGCUACCUUUUCUGGAGACAUGCCAGGCUUGAUGUGGCCGGGGAGGGGCAGGCCUGGGGGAGGAGACGGGAGAACUCAGGGCAGCGCUCAGCAGCUGUGUGGCCACCUGGUCGGCUCAGCAAGCCCGGCAACCCCACGGCCCGUCUACCGGAGGGAGCUGCCUGCUGCCACCUCAGCCCCACUCUUGGGCCUGGGCUUGACUCACCACUGUGGUCCCUGUGCAUCAGGAAUUGUCACAACAAUUGGGGGUGGUCCUCGAAAGCACUCCUUUUUCUAUACCUCUUCUCAAGGCCAUGUAAGUUCCUCCUCUCUACCUGCCUGGACAAAAGAUGCCUGCUCCUGGCCAGCCAGUGGGCGGCUCAGGGUCUGAAGAUAUGGCACAGGGACUGAAUGGCAACGCCCCCACCCUGUGCUGAGACAGGAGGUCCUUCUGUCAGCUUUCUCUCCCAUCCCUCCUUCACUCAAGGGCCACGUCCCUGGUUCUGCCUGUCAAAGGCCCCACAGGUGCUAUUUGUUGUGCUGGCCCAGGUGUGGGGCCGCCAAGCUCAGCCUUGGCCUGCCGAGGGUCAGCUGCAUGUUGGUUGGUCUUGUCCCUCCUCUGCAGUGACCUGUUGGUAUUAAUGCUGGAUUCAAACAGUAUGUUUUACUCUCCCAGGCUGGUGGCUGGGGACCUGACCCCUAGCUCCCCAUCCUGCCACCUUCGCCCCCGCUUCCUGCCCCCGUGUAAGUCCUCUCGUGUUUUAGUAACUUGCAGUGAGUGACCAUACCUGUCCCUCUGUCGCAGGAACCUGGAGGUAAGGGAAAGAUGAUGCCGUAUUUCCUACUCCUUAGGGCAUGGAUCCCCUUCUUUCCCUUAUUAGUGUCCUGGGUUCCCGUGGACUCAGGGAUUUGUUGGUUGAGGUUUCCCUGCAUAUAUAUAUACAUAUAUAUAUAUUUAAAUAUGCAUAUAUAUAUAUUGUACAGAAUAAAAAUGUUUUAUUGAACACACUGUGCUUAUGCUUAAGAUCCAGGCUUAUCUUCCAGAGCUGGAUUCCUCUCCAGGAUCAGAGGCGAGUGAAACCCUUACGCUGCUGAGCCCUGAGUGGGGAAGAACCCACUGACCCAGCUUCCUUCCCUCCCCCGCACAUGCUAUCAGGGUCCAGUGCUGUGACCUAAGUAUUCUGGCCUGUUUUGCAUGGUUCUUUGAGUAGAACAGAAAGCGAAACUGCGGGGGAGUUCCUGUCGUGGCUCACUGGUUAACAAACCCGACUAGUAUCCAUGAGAAUACGGGUUCGAUCCCUGGCCUUGCUCAGUGGGUUAAGGAUCCAGCUUUGCUGUGAGCUGUGGUAUAGGUUGUAGACGCAGUUCGAAUUCCUACAUUGCUGUGGCUGUGGUGUAGGCCGCAGCUGAAGCUCCAAUUCGACCCCUAGCCUGGGAACUUCCAUAUGCUGCAGGUGCAGCUCUAGAAAGACAAAAGUGAAACUGCUACCUUGUCAGCUAAGAGUGGUAACUACCCUGUGCUUGUGGAGCUGGCCAUUUGCUGAUGGUCACAGCGGUAAAGAGGCUGAGAUGGCCCCAUCAAGAUUUUGGUGGCAGGUACUUAAGAGUGCAACUUAGGCAGUGUCUAUGUACUCAAUGCGGAGUAGCCUUAAGUGAGGUUUACGUAGUCUAAACUGGCUUCGGAGCUAUGAGAGGCACCUGGCCAAACCUUUGUCCCUCUUUCUGUUCCCUGGAGAAAUAUGACCCAAGUUUUAAAGUCAGUUGCCAAAUGCAGGGAUCAUUUUCAUUAAUGAUCCUUGCAAAAGAAAUUUAAUGAUAAAUGUAGCCCAUGAUCCCAUGGGCAUCCUGCCCCCAGGGUAUUGAAGUGAUGGCCUCUGUCAUUCAAGCUUAGCUUAUUUUUUUGGGGGGUGGGGGUUAGGGCUGCACCCAUGGCAUAUGGAAGUACCCAGGCUAGGGGUCGAAUCAGAACUACAGCUGCCAGUCUACGCCACAUCACAGCCAUGUCUGUAACCUACACCACAGCUCAUGGCAACGCUGGAUCCUUAACCCACUGAGCGAGGCCAAAGAUGGAACCCGCAUCCUCAUGGAAACUAGUCAGGUGCUUUACCACUGAGCCAUGACGGGAACUUCUCAGCUUCUUUUUAAAUGUCACUGGUUUAACUUGCUAAGAAGCCUAUGGUUGAAGAACUUCCUCCUGGUGUUGGGAACUAAGAGCUGUCUACUUCCUUCUUUACAGCUGCUAAUAAACAGCUAUGACAGAGAGUUAUUAUUUCAGCAAAAGGGUACUUCAGCUUUCCACCUGACACCAACCUUUGCACGGCUGUCUGCUGUCCCCUCCACAGGCUCUCUGCCAGUAUGCCAUUUGUUUCAGUUGCCCAGAAGACAACAUGUGCUGCUGCUGUUGUCUUGAUUGGUUAUUCACUGGUGCCCCACCCCCUGCCCACUACCUGUCUUGGCCUCUAGAAGUCCAGUGAAACCAAAGUGGCUACCACAUUACUUUUUCUGUAUGACUCCUUCCAGUCAACUGACGUGUGAUAAAUUUGCUCAACUUGAUCUCUAUAGCACCCAAAGGGCUUUUUCUUUUUUAAAACUUUUCCCUAGAUUAAGAAACAAAGUUUUUGCUACGUUAAUGGAACACUUAGGAGGAUAAAACGGUGUAUAAAGGAGCACACACGCAGCUCCAAUAGUAUGUAAUUUUUUUAUUCUGGUUCUAGUAAUGUAAAAUUUUCAGUAUACAUUUCAUCUAGUGACUAUCCAGCACCUAUUAUGUGUAAGGCAUGGUGAAGAAUUCUUGCCUGUAAGAAAUCUACAAAUCUAGUAUGAAAAGGGCCGUGUCCACAGUGUCUUUUAUUAGAUAUUUAACUGCCACAAAAGUGGGAAGUACUUUUGGAGGAAAUUCUGGCUAGACCCAGUGGUUUUCAAAUGUUCCCCCUCAAACUACAGGCCCCCAAUUUACAAAUAAGUUCAAAUAAGCCUAAAAAUACUGGCUUGAGUACAUGUAUGGUGUACCCCUCCACCAACUCAGUUCAUCUUCUGACUUUCCACAUAUAAGAAUAAAGACUAAGAAUACAGUACUGUAAGCAUGGACAAGUGCCAAAAGCUACAAUAAUUCAUUUAAAACCAUAAGCUAAAGAGUCACACUUCACUAGGGAAGAGAUGAGCACACCAGAUGAGAUGCAAGAGAUAAGAAAGCCCAAGCACUUAGCUUUUAAAUUUGUGUUUUGUGUGUGUGUAUUUUUUUUUUUUGUCCUUGUCUUUUUAUUAAAUUUGUAUUUAAGGCAAUGACACCAUCCUCCACAAACCAGGUGGGCUGAUAACUUCUAGGUCAGUAUUUUUCGAAUUCAGUUGGGGUUGGGGUAAGGCUGAGACUAUUUCUAUCAAGUUCCCUGUUGGUGCUCAUACUCUUUCUCAGAAUCACACUCAGAGUAACCAAGGUCCUGGAGAUCUAGUUCUACUCCAACUUACCCAACUAAACUGAGUUCCUAAACUGGUCCAGUAACAGUCUCAUUCUACAUUAAGAUAAAAUGCAAGACGUAGAAGGGCCAAUGGACUCCAUAUUCUCAACACUUUUUCUUAAUUUUCAGUAGUCUAAGGCAUUACCUUAAUUUGACAGAUGAGGGAAAGUGAGGAAAGUGACUUAUUCGAGGCCAUAUUCUAAGAGGCAGAGUCAGGUUUGGAACCACAUCUCUUGGGUUUCGAGGCCCAGACAUUUUUAACUGUAUGACACUGCUUCCCUAAAGGCUAGCAAAAACUCAAAACGGUUGUAUAUCUGGAAGGUAAGUUUUUACAUCCCUGUCAGCAAUAGGAUUAGAAUCCACACCUGUAAAGAGAUGGGAGCCUUAACUCAGCAUCUAACCAGCUUAUUUUUCUUAUUAAAAAUUUCAUAAAGUUACAAAUUUCCUUGAGAUAUGAAUAUAUUUCCACCUUCUAGGCUACAAAUAUUAAAACCCUGCAGCAAGCCUGAGGGCAGCUCUCUAGUGUGUUAAUGGCUUAAAAAAUGUUUCUAAUGUCAGCAUGCCCUCAGGCCUAGGGCGUUUGUGACUGGAGGCCAAAGGGCUCUUGGGAUUUCUUUUGCUUUGAGGAGAUCGGGCAGGAACAGCCUGGGAAGUUGAGGAGUGGGGCUGCAAAAAGGAUUUCUGCAACUCCAACGCAAAAUGAUAGUCCGAGUGUUCUGGCGUCUCCCAGACAGGUACCAGAGAGCCGCACUUCUCACAGAGGACUUGGUCCUCAGCAGCUAGGAGACUGAGGGUAGCGGUUGCCUCCUCCAGAGCAGACUUGGAAGUUAAAGAGCUGUUCUGGGCCAAAUCCACCUCUGCAGGAGUUGCCUGGGCUGAAUCUAGCUUCAAUGCGUUUUCACAGGCAGGGCCACCAUCUGGAUACUCUGUUGGUAGCUCUUUAGGGCUGGACUGUGGUUUUUGUGGAGGGAAGAAAACUGAAGGAUCAUUAAGCUGUUUCUGCUUUAGAAGAAGAGUCUUCUGCUUAAAGAAGGGCUCAGAUCCUGUAGUAGAACUGGUUUGGAAAGGUAAUGAGGGCUUGGAUGGUGAAUUGCUCACGGGGGUCUGAGUAGUGGCAGUAAGAGGUAACAGUGAAGCUUCUUUGACCUUCUGCUUUUCUGCAGCUUUCUGGAAGAAUGACUCCAGAGAAUUGGUUGCUUUCUUAGUGACUGUCCCCACUGGGCCACUUUCCUGGGUCUUAGCUUCUGAACUGGUAACUGGCACCUUUGGCAGAGAACUUGGGUCACUGCUCAAGAAGACGGUGAUGUCUGUGCCAGCUGACGAGGCAGAGAAUUUGGUAGCGCAUAGGAAAAGCAUUGUAAGGGGAGGGGACCUGUAUAGAAAGUAAAAGAGCAAGAUUAGCAUGGUCCCAGAUUCAAUUUGUGAAAGUCUGGUUGUGCCACAAAAGGAAAUCAUUACUGCAGUGGUUCUCAAACUUUUAGAGUGUACUGGAUUAAUACAGAUCCAGUAGACCUGGGAUGGGCAGAGGAUUUGCCUUCUAACAAGUUCCCAGGUGAUGCUGAUAGUUGCUGGACCACACCUGAAGAGCACUGCCUUGGUGAACACCUACCAAAUCAGACAUGUGGAAGUUGGAUCCCCUCAAUAGCUAGGUUUAUUGUUUUCAUAACUUAGUGCUUCAGAGCUGCUGUAAUUCAGGGUUGGGGUAAGAAUUCAGGAUAACAAAAAGCUUGAGAAUAUUUAGACUGGAAAGACUUGAAAAAAAUCCUCUUAUGCAUUCUCCUGUUUUUAAAGAGAAGACCACCUAUCUGACAGACUUUCAACUCUGGAACUUCUAGAGAAUGAAAUUUCACACCUGCUUUUGGGUACCUAGCCUGCUCUCAAAACUACUUCAAGAAAUUCUGCCAUAAAGUUCCUCAUGUCUAAUGACUCAAAUUUUCACAAGUUGAAUUUUAGAAGAUGAAAUGUACUUUUAUAUACAGAUUAGUCCUCUAAUGAAGUUAAGGAGUAAACGCUAUUUUAAAAUUACUAUGACAGGAGUUCCUGUCAUGGCUCAGUGGUUAACCUGACUAGCAUCCAUGGGGACAAAGGUUUGAUACCUGGCUUUGCUCAGUGGGUCAAGGAUCCAGCGUUGCCAUGAGCUGUGGCAUAGGUCACAGAUGCUGCUGGGAUCUGGCAUUGCUGCAGCUGUAGCACAGGCCAGCAGUUGUAGCUCCAAUUGUGACCCCUAGCCUGGGAACCUCCAAUAUGCCACAGGUGCAGGC